AUGAAUGUAACGACAUCGACAGCAUCUACAACUACAACUACAAUGGGGCCAGUCAUCACCAACACGGGCAACAUCGACAUUUACUCACAUGACUGGGUCAACACCCCGACAAUCUAUCCCGACUGUCCGACAAGUCACAAUAAUGACGGUACAGUCGAGCCUUGGGAAACAGUAGAAUCGGAAUGGAUUCCUGCUCCAUCAAAUGGAUUCGCAAAUUUGCUAAAUCAAGCAACAGCGGAUCAAGUUUGCGCCGCGAUCAGAGCAACAGCGGAUCAAGUUUGCGGCGCGAUCAGAGGUGGGCAGAUGUCGUUUGACACCAGCAGAUCGUUGAUUCCGCCCACUUUUGGUGUAAAUUGUUCCUUGGUCGAUGGCGAUGGACUCUGCAUCGAAGCUGAUGUCAAGUUUUGCUGCUUCGCAACCGAUCCAACAACGACAAGUGCCACCGCUUCGACAACUUCACAAGCGGCGACUUCUACUACAGCCGUUUCAAGUACGACUGUUGGCGGAGGAGCGCGAGAAGUGGCUUAUGCCAAGUACGACAUGAUUCCGGGCAGUUUGGAGUUCUGCUCCGACUUUGACAAUCAUUUCUCAUCGUCGCAGCCGGCCCAGAAGUGGGAAGACGUGAUCGGCAAGUCGAGAACGUUCAAAAAUGAUCUCACUCCUGUCGCCGACGCUUGGUUCUCCGAUGACUCCUCCAGUUGGCCCUGUUUCUCGACUGUGAUCAGCGACCGCGCAGUGAUAACAACUGCACAAUGCUGCAAUUACGCCAAAGAAGUGCGCGUCUCAUUCGGACCCUAUUAUUUCGACCUGGUUUCGUCGAAAAUGGUGAUUCACCCGGCGUACCUUCGUUCUCGCAAGAUCAACGACGUCUGUCUCAUCAAAUUCGACAAGUCGAUUUCGGAAGAGUCGUUCAAACACUGCGACUCUCGUUGUGUCGGUCAAGCCUGUCUUCCCACAGCUCCGAUCGACGGGGGCGAGAAGGUCUACGACGUGGGAUUCUUUAACGACGCUCUACUCUCGAGUCAGUUGACAGUGAGAAGCGCGCGCUGGUGCGACAAGAAGACGUGGCUCUACAAGAAUCAGCAGUGCUACGCGAAGAUGGAAGACGACAACGGCGCCGUCUGCAAGACAGAACACGGCUCGCCCGUUUUCCAGAGCAAGAACGGAAGACUUGAGCUCGCUGGAUUAUUUACCCGCGACGAGUUCGACACUUGCUACGAGGAAGGCAACGUCGGAGUACUCACUGGAAUGCUGCCAAUCCGAGACUGGAUUGAAAACGAACUCUUACACUAA